AAUUAACACAAAUUAAAUUCCUAAGGCCUUGCCGUGAAAAGGACUAUUGCUCUAGCUCUGUAGCUAGCUAUAGCUGUCCGUCCGUCUAGUAGCUAACUAAUUAUGAGCAAGCAAAUUAACUCAAGAAUACUGACUAAUCUUGUGCUGUGGGCUAUUUAUAUUGCUCAGAUUGGCUCAAAGCUAAAAGUCCAGGCUACUCCAGGCCUCAUACUGCCAGCAGAGAGAGAAAUUGGACUGGGUUGUAUACCAGAGGGCAUGACUGUCAGUUAUGAAUGCACUGUCACUGAUCCAACAGAUUCCCCUGUGGCCAAUACAGUAUGGCUGGGAACUGCCUUCAACUGUCAUUCAGCAGCAUCUGCUACAACGAACAAUCGGAUCACUCUAGCUCAUAGUCAGUUUCAGCUUGGAGCUGUUGCUGGUGAUUGUGGAGAUUUGUCUGCAAUGAUUAUCAGAUUUAUUGGAAAUGAAUACACGUCAAGACUGGUUCUAACAAACACUACCGGGUUGAAUGGAAUGACUGUCAUAUGUACUUUGAGUGACAAAGCUGUUGGAAAUGACACUGUCAAAAUCGGAGCCUCUCCUCCUCCCCCUCGAAUUUCCAUGGUGGAGGUCACUUCUACUUCAUCCUUCACUGUCAGUUGGACCCCGCCCUCCGAUAUCAGCAAUGUAGGGAGCUACGUGUUCACUGUGACUGGAGAGGACUGUGGAUGUGUAAACACCAAUGUCAGUUCUGACAUAACUAGUGUGAUAUGUUCUGAUUACAUGGUCAAUGGUCAAACCUGCUACUUUGAAGUCAGUACUAUCUCUAAAGACUGUGGUUUCAACAGUGAAUCUGUGAAUGAAUCUGUGUCAUUGAUGGUGCCUCCCACACCCGAACACUUCAUGGUAACGUUUACUGAAGAUGAAUUAAUAGUGGUGGGAUUCAUGCAGCCAAUUGUUCCCCAUCUUGCUAUAACCUACACUGUGAUGGUUGGAACCAACUUUUCAAGGAAUUUCACUGAAGUGACUUGUAACGACACAAGCAGAAGAUGUAAUCUCACAAUCCCUAAUCCUAGCAACAGUUACAAUGUCAGUGUCGUGGCCUCUAACAUAUUUGGCUCUGGACCUCCUGCACUUUAUUUUGAAUGCAAUCCAGAAGAUCUUGGUAGUAACCAGACUUCUCUCCGUGGACAAGGAAUGGUCAAUGUAUCUAACGGACUAAUUCACUACAGUGGUGUGUCUCCUGACUCUAUUGCAACGUUACAAUGCAAUGAUGGGUACAGAGCAAAUUCCUUCCUCAACAGGACGUGCAUGUUUGAUGGACAAUGGAGUGAGGGGGCAUUGGAAUGCGUUAUAGUGGAUGGAGAAACUAUUUCGCCUCAUACCAUGCCUGCCUGUCCUCUUUACUGUGCUGUUUUGGUUGGCGUUUCCGUGCUCAUAUUGAUAAUCGUUUGCAUUGCAAUUGCACUCUACAUUCUAAAGAAGUCCGGAAGAGAAUGCUUCGCAUCAAUCAACACUUCUGAUAAGAUUCAACUUUGUGCAGUCAAUCGAGAGAGCCCAACCACAAAUGAAUCACCACUCUCCUCAGUUGAUACGCAACCAUCGAAUGCCAAGAUAAACGUAAACAGGAGCGAGCCAUCCGAAUCCGCUCAGGUGGAUACCUAUGCAAACCCUGAAGACUUCAUUAAAACACCACCACUCAUGCAUCCACGAAAGCAGAACGAGGGGGCAGAGGAUCAGAGGGAUGUAGAGAUCACUGAAGCGCCGAAUCUGAUCACAGGCCUUGGUGCAUCAAGCAUGGCAAAUCCCACUCAACAGGAACCAAUCUUGCUAAGCAUUUGUGAUGGUCCAAUUAGAAUAAAGCGAAAUGAAGCGUAUGAUCCAGUGACAUUGCUGACUGAAAAUGAUGCCUACAAUAUUUUAAAUAUCAGAAGCGGUGUGACUCUAUUGCAACGUUACAAUGCAAUGAUGAGUACAGAGCACUCUCCCUCCUCAACAGGACCUGCGUGUUUGGUGGACGAUGGAGUGAUGAUGCAUUGGAGUGUGUAUAGUGGAUGCAGAAAUCACGACUUCCUGUCCUCUGUACUGUGCCAGCUGUUUUGGUUGAUGUUUUUGUUGGAACCAUGGUCAUGUUAAUAAUCGUUUGUAUUGCAAUUGCACUCGGCAUUCUGAAGAUCUAUGGAAAAGGAAGCAUCGCUUCAAACAAAACGUCUCAAUUUCAGGCAGUCAAUCGAGAGUGAUCCAGUAAAAUGAGUUUCUUCAUCGAUCAUUGUGAUAUUCUGUACUUAAUAGGAGUCCAACUACAAAUGAAUCACCACUUUCCCCAGUCGACAAGCAACCAUCAAAAGAAAAGAUAAAUAUACACAGGUAUCACGCCUGCCUGUCCUCUGUACUGUGCUGUUUUGGUUGGUGUUUUUGUGUCUGUAACCAUGGUCGUGUUGAUAAUCGUUUGUAUUGCAAUUGCACUCUACAUUCUGAAGAAGUAUGGAAGAGAAUGCUUCGUUUCAAUCAACAUGUCGAAACGGUUCAAUUUCAAGCCAAUCGGGAGAGUCCUAUCACAAAUAAAUCACCACUUUCCCCAGUCGAUACGCAGCCAUCAAAAGCCAAGAUUAAUGUCAACAUGAGCGAGCCAUCCCAAUCCGCUUAGGUAGAUACGUAUGCAAACCCUGAGGACUUCAUUAAAACACCACCACACAUGCAUCCACGAAAGAAAGAGGUGGGCAGAGGAUCAAGGGGAAGUUCUUACUGUAGAGAUCACUAAUGAAGAAGUGCCGAGAUGAAGCAAGUGGUGUGCGAAGCUCCUCCACAUGAUGUUGUCAACAUGGUGGUUGGGUCAGAUGUUCUUGUAGUAGCAAUGCCUCGAAAAGGCUGCUUUCAGCAUAGGAAAGCACACCUGAAGAGUCGAAGGGAACAGCCUAAACGUGUAGAUACAAGUAAUAUUCAGUUGCCGAGUAGUUCCUGGAGUUGCCAAAAGACGACUAAGAAGGCAGUCUAUUAUAAAAUAGAGACAAGUGGUGAAGCCUCUGUUGAACCAGCUAUUAUUACCCAUACAGUAACCAUUAAUGAUAAUGGAACGUGGAUCCUACAUGUGUACAAGAGAGAAGUUACAAAAUGUGAUGAAGUAAAGCAGUUUCCAGCUUCCCUUACUCAAGCUCAAGUUUCAGAGUUACUUUUGAUAUUGGACCGUAUGACGCUGUGUGCUGGUCAUCCAGAUGAGAAUUUUGUGAUCAUGAUACAAUCAAAGAAGGGAAAAAUAAUUUCACGUACCGGUGAUGUCACUUCAUAUUUAGAUGAAAAUCCUGUUGAAUUCUGUGGGAAAAAAUAUCCCAAAACUGUUCGAAGUGCUGAUUGUAGUGCUAUCGCAGCUGGGCGAUGUGGUGCAUGUGUGAAGUAUAGAGCUAUUUUAUAAUUAUUAUUUUCUAUAUAUAAACAAUGGAAGAAAUCGUGUACAACUAGUCCCAGUAGUCAUUGCAAUGAAAGAUACCUAAAAACCCCAGAAAAGAAGGACAAAAUGUCGAAGCUACGUUCCCAAGUUAAUGCCUUGGACAAGAGAAUCUUAAGAUUACAAGAGAAAGUUGCAACGCUAAUUGAGUCUAGAGGAGAGCCAGUUGGUGAUGAUUUGCAUACUGAUCUAUGUUCAAUUAUGCAAGAAAAUAACGAUAAAAUAUGCGCAGAUUUUCCUGAAGGAAUCUUCCAAUGGUAUGGAAUGAGCAGAAAAAGGCUGCCUCUGUAAAGAAUGGUACAGGAAUGAGGUGGCAUCCAUUAAUGAUUAAGUGGUGCGUAAACCUGAAACUUAUUUCUUCGAGUGCUUACAAUGCCUUGCGCACAAGUGGUUUCUUGAAACUCCCAUCUGAAAGAACUCUUCGAGACUACUCAAAUGUGUUUGAGAGUAAAGUAGGUUUUCAAGAUGAGGUAGACAAACAAUUGCUUGAUCAAAAUCUUUGCCACCUUCAGGAAAAUUUGUUGGUUUAAUUCUUGAUGAAAUGAAGCUUAAAGAAGGUAUUGUGGUAUUGUGUACAACAAGACGAGUGGCAGUGUUAUUGGUUUCACAAGCAUUGGUGAUAUUAAUGAUGAUCUACUGAAGCUUGAGAGAGAAGAAGAUGAUCAUUAUUUGGUGAAGCAAGUCUUGGUACUAAUGGUACGUGGUACUAUGUUUAAACUGUCAUUCCCGUACGCUCAUUUUGGGACUGAAGGUAUUACGGCAGACUUGCUCUACCCAAUUGUUUGGGAAGCCGUUAGAAGGUUAGAAGUUAAAGUAAUAUCUGUGACUGCCGACGGUGCAAGUCCAAACAGGAAGUUUUUUAGAAUGCACCAAAACCCCAAAGUCAACGCUAUACCUACAUCCAUAAGGUCCGGAACCCUUACACUGUUCAGGGUCGUUGGGUUUAUUUCUUUGCCGACCCACCACACUUGAUGAAGACGAUUAGAAAUUGCUGGUCACAUUCAGGAUUUCAGGGUACUCGACUAAUGAAAAUAUCUGGAAAGUUCAUCGAAUGGAGGCAUCUCAUUAAUCUCUAUAACAAAGUUUCAAGUACCGCUUCCACUUUAAAAGGCUUAUCUCUACUUCCCAAACUAAAGCUAGAGCAUGUCAAGCUUACUUCCUUUUCAAGAAUGAGGGUUGAUCUGGCCGCACAAGUUUUGAGCCAGAGUUUCGCGAACGCUUUUCAUUAUUUUGAUGACCCUGAUACAGUUGAAACUCAGCGUUUUGUUUCCUAUUUCGACAAAUUUUUCGAUUGUUUAAAUGUACGCAGUAAGGUUGAGUGGGUCGGUAAACGAAAACCAAAUUUGAAGCCAUACAUUUCCCCAUCAGAUGAGCGUUUAAACUGGCUUGAAAAUGAUUUUUUAGCCUACUUUCAUGAGUGGGAGGACUCGGUGAAAGAUUUACCACCAACUGAAAAGAACAAAAUGACACUCUCUAGGGAGACGCUGGAAGGUAUUCAAAUUACAGUCAAGUCUUUUGUGGAGAUGGUGAGAUACCUACUCAGCUUGGAUUCAUCCUCGUUUCUGUUGAGUGAACGAAUAUCUCAGGACCCCUUGGAACAUUACUUUGGAAACCAGAGGGGGUGUGGUGGAAGAAAUGAUCAUCCCACUCUACACCAGUGUGUUAAGAAUGCUCCAGCGCUUUGAAUGAAAAAAUCUUAUGCAUUAGAUCAAGUAAAAGGAAACUGUAGGCGUAAACGUCUUUUAAGUAAAGAUAUGGAAAUAGAUAGCACUCACUACCAAAACGUAAACAAACAUAAAUGUUCCAUUUAUACUUUUCCUUAAACUAGUUGAUUUUUGUACUGUCUUCUUCUGACGAUGUUUGUAUGCUUCUA